CCCUGGCGCGGUGGUUACGGUAUUUUUAGCGUGCGCGUAGAGCUGACUCCCAGUGCGGCUUAUCACGUAAAAAAUGUCGAAACCGGAGAGGUUAAGAUUCACAAUAUUCGACGAUUUGGUGCUUUUACGUGAAGUUCUACACCAAAAUCCGUACGAGAAACACGAACGAUGGAAGGAAAUUCGCGAAAUCGUCGUCAACGUAACCGAGAAGGCGUUUACGGUGCGCGCAGUUAAAGACCAUGUCGAGUAUUUAUUGGCUCUGUUGGCAAAAGACGACAGAGCCAAUCUACGAAAGUCUGCGACGGAAGAACAGUCUGACGAAAAAGAACAACUUUUGUUGCAAAUUAGGGAAAUGUCGCGAGGGUUUAAGACGAAAAACGUGCCGAAAUUUAAACACAAUGAAGUUCAACAGUCGGUUUUGGCCGAAGUCGAUAUCAAAAAAGAGAACGAAUCGACGAAUUCUAGCGACGGAGAAGGAACGCAACAAAAUGUUUCAACGUUAUUGGAACAGAGGCGUGCGGUGAAAAGACCGUGCGGGCAGCCGUUGAAAAACUCCAGUUUACAGUUUUUGCGCGAGAAACAGCAAAGCGAAAGAAGCAUUAGGUUGAGGGAGUUGCAGUUGGAGGAGAAAAAGUUGGCGUUGGAGGAAAGGAAGAUCGCGCUACAGGAGGCGCAAAUGAAGCUGGAAGAGAAGAAAUUUCAAAUGGAGAAGAAUUAUCAGGAACAAAAGCUAAAAAUGGAGAUUGAAGAGAGGAAAAGAGGAAUUGAGUCGCAAAAACAAAAUUACACGCUUAUAAAUGCGUUACUUCACAUGGUUCAAGAGAAACAAGAUUUGCAUUGAUUUUUGUAAAUAAAGUUUUAAUGCGAAAAUAAAGAUUUUACUGGA